AUGGCCAACAACAAAAGCAUUGGCCGUGCAAGCAUGUACUACUACGGCAACAAUCCCAGCCAGACGACGAACGAGGAGCAGUUCAAGAAGAUAGCGACCAUCACGAUUUUGUUGCCCAUCUUCAUCUUCGUCGUCUUGCUGCUCAGGUUGCUCUGCUUCUCCGGCCAAAAGGACAGCGAGGAGCAGGACGCCGGAGGUGGGAACAGAGAGCGUCAGCCGCCGCGGCAGAGCAGCCAAGCCGGCGGCGGCUGGGACGACAGGGCACCAUCGUCGACGGUGGCCGGCGCGGCUGUGGAGGUGGCAGUAGUGGCACCACCGGUGCGGGCGGCCGAGCCACCGCUGGUGUGCACGUACAGGAAGGCGGACGGGUGGCGGGAGGAGGGGUCGUGCGGGGUGUGCCUGGCGGAGCUGGCCGACGGCGACGUCCUCCGGGUGCUGCCGGUGUGCAUGCACUACUUCCAUGGCGCCUGCGUCGGCGAGUGGCUGCGCGCGCACGACACCUGCCCGCUCUGUCGUGCCCCGCUCCUCGGUCCUGCCACGGAAGCCUAG